AAAUUAAAAUCUUUAUAAAGAAAAUUUCCCUAUUUCUCUUUCUUCUCCCUCACGAAAGCACACACUUACACGCUGAGUGCGUGGGUACUAAAUCGGCAAUUGAAAAGAACAAAUAGAGCUCAAAAAGCUUUUGAAGAUACAGAAAAUCGAACAGGGAAGAAGAAAUUAAAGGAAAUUUUGGAAUAAUUGAAUACCAGAUCGAGGAAGUAGGUGGUGAUUAAACAGUUCAAAUACUUCGAUUGGAGUGAGAGAAGAGCCAAACGAUUCGGAAUUCGAAUUUCUUCAUCGGAGAGUGAUCUCCAACCUGAUUUUAGUUUUCCCUAGGACCAUCUCCCCGCGAAAGAUACUGUAAUUUGAGUAAGAGUAUUAUAAUGAACAAAGGAGGAGUGGGACUGGGUAGUGGAGCCGGCGUAGGCAGUGGAGCCGGACCAACUGCUGCGGCGGCAGCAGCGGCAGCCCAAAAGCAAAAGACCCUUUUGCAAAGAGUGGACAAUGACAUUGGAAAUCUUGUCGAUAAUUUUGGAUUCAUUGUUAAUGUUUCACGGGUUAAUGAUCCACCAGUACGAAAUUCUCAGGAAGCUUUCAUGAUGGAGAUGCGUGCUGCCAGAAUGGUUCAAGCGGCUGACUCGCUGCUUAAAUUGGUGUCCGAGUUGAAGCAGACUGCAAUUUUCUCAGGUUUUGCAUCUCUUAACGACCACGUAGACCAGAGAACGGAAGAGUUCAAUAGACUUACAGAAAAAACAAACAGCGAAUUGGCGAGAAUUGGAGAAGAGGCUGUCGCUAGCCUUAAGGAGCUCGAGUCUCAUUACUACUCGUCCACGUUGAGAACCAGCAUUCCUCCGGAGUCCUAGAUAAGGUGGAAGAACUUGUAUUAAAUUUAUUUUUGUUUAUGGUACACCUGAAUUUCCGGAGCAUAGAAAAUGAUUAGGCUGAUGUAUCUUGGGACCAAUAUCAGGAAGCCCCGCUACUUGGCUGGGGCCACAUGGGCACUGGCCAUCCAGGGGGGCCAUGGCCAAGAAAAGUUUUCCAUAGGAUUUUGCAUUCUUCCAGAGCCACAUGGACCCUGUGCCUGUCGGGGCAAGCGCCCACCCAAUAGGGGGGCGCACUAGUGUAACUCGAGCAAAAUCCUUUUCCAUAUCGGGAAUGUAUUUUAUCUCACGGUAGACCUAUAGUCUGAAUUAAGGGAGCUCCAAGUACUUUUUAUUAUUUUGAUGCUAAAAAAAAAAAGUUGUAUUUGACAACAAAUUGUCGUGUC